GUGAUGUGUAUCCGGAGCUUCACAGAGAGUCAGACAGGAUCAUGGACGUCAUCAACGAGAACGAGGAUCACUUCCUGUCGUCUCUGCAGCGAGGCAGCCGGCUCAUCCUCCGCACGCUCAGCAGAAAGGACUACAAACAUGGCGUCUUCCCCGCCUCGGUGGUCUGGUCUCUGCACAGGGACCUGGGUUUCCCUCUGGACCUGGUGGACCUGAUGUUGGAGGAGCAAGGAGUCCAAGUAGACCGCCCUGGGCUGGACCGCCUCAUUGCCCAGAACCAGAAGGUAAAGAUUCUCAGACAGGGUUUAGUCCCAGAGAACCGGAAC